GCGCGGGGAGACUGUGUGAGGACCGGAGCUGGGAAGACGCAGUCAGGGGUGUGGAGCGCCAGUGCUGCCUGAGGCCUCACCAUGAGUCCUGCUUGUUGCUCUCUUUACUGGGCGUGAGGAGGCUGCCAGGCCCAUGGCUUCCUAGAGGAUACCUGGAAGUGUUUCAGCAUUUGAGCAGCGCAGGAGCCGGCCUAGAGACAGCAGUUGUGGCCAGGUAAAGCCAGUCAAACGUGAAGAAAUGAAAUCCCCCAGGAAAACGACAUUGUGCUUCAUCUUUAUUGUGAUUUAUUCUUCCCAAGCUACACUGAACUUGAAUUUAGAGUCUAUUGUUCAUCCUGUGACUCUUCAUGAACAUGACCUGGCAGGGGAGUUGUCACUGAGGCAAAAGCGAGAAGUUGUCGUGAGUAGUCCUGUAGCUGAAGAUUACACGCUUGACAUUGAGAUCAGCUUUGAAAAUGUUUCUUUCCUGGACCCUCUCAUAGCUCACUUGGACAGUCUCAAAUUUCCAAUUCAAGGGAAUGAUACUGAUCCAACCACAAACAUCUUGAGCCUGGAGGUGACAACAGUCUGCAGGCCUGCUGGGAAUGAAAUCUGGUGCUCCUGUGAAGCAGACUAUAGGUGGUCUCUGGAAAGGUGUCUCAACAAUCUUACCUGUCAAGAGCUUGACAAUGUCCCUGCAGGACACCAGUGCAAUUGCCUUAAGGGAUUGCCUCCCAGGGGACCUUUUUGCCAGCUAAGGGAAGUAGAUGUUACCUUGAAAAUGUCAGUUAGACUCAAUGUGGGCUUUCAAGAAGACCUCAAGAACUCAUCCUCUGCUCUCUAUAGAUCCUACAAGACUGACCUUGAAACAUCGUUCUGGAAAGGUUACAGUAUCCUACCAGGCUUCAAAAUGGUGACUGUGACAGGAUUCAGUCCUGGGAGUGUAGUUGUGGCCUAUGAAGUUACAACAACAGCACCCUCAACAAAAUUAUUGCGUAAAGCAAAUGAGCAAGUGAUCCAGAACCUGAAUCAGACCUACAAAAUGGACGAUGGUUCCUUUCAAGCUGUUACUAGCAAUGAAACCAAGUUCUCUGUUAUACCAGAAAUCAUCUUUGAAGGAGAUUCAGUCACACUAGUGUGUGAGAAUGAAGUUCCAUCAUCCAAUGUGUCCUGGCAUCGUGUGGAGGGCCGCAUGGACAUCCAGAACAGCAGCCACUUCUCCAUUUACACCUCAGUGCUCAAUAACUUGACCUCAGUGUCCCAACUCACAAUUUACAACAUCACUCAGGGUGAUGCAGGUAACUACAUUUGCAAACUGACCAUGGAUAUUUUUGAAUAUGAGGCCAAAAAAAACAUAGAUGUUUUACCCAUCCUAAUUUUGGCAAAUGAUGUGGAAAUGAUGGUGACAUGUGACAACAAUCCCGUAUCUUUGAACUGCUGCAGUGACAUUAAUGUUAAUUGGAGUAGAAUUGAAUGGAAUCAGGAAGGAGAAAUAAGCAUUCCAGGAAUCGCUGAAAAAGAUCCCGAUUCUAGCUGUAGCAGAUACACCCUCAUGGCUGACGGAACUCAGUGUCCAAGUGGGUCUUCUGGAACCCUGGUCAUUUAUACGUGUGAGUUCAUCAGUGCCCAUGGAGCCAGAGGCAGUAAGGAGAUAGAAGUGACAUUCAUAUCUGUGGGAGAUAAUUCCAGCCACAAAGGGGAAAAAGUGAACGAGUUCCUAAGGCAUGUGAUGGAAAUGAGUUCAGUGCAGAGCACCACCGGGAACAGCCUAGGAACAAGUAAAGCCCAGGAGCAGCAAGCCAAUCUAACAAUAACCUCGGACCCAAUUUCUGUUUCUGAGGGACAAAGCUUUUCUAUAAAGUGCAUCAGUGAUGUGAGUAACUAUGAUGAGGUGUACUGGAACACUUCAGCUGGAAUUAAAAUAUCUGAAAAGUUUUAUACUUCAAGGAGUUAUAUUGAUGGAGCGGAGUCAGUACUGAGCGUCAAGACUUCCACUCGGGAAUGGAAUGGAACCUAUCAUUGCAUAUUUCGAUAUAAGAAUUCAUAUAGUAUCACCACCAAAGAUGUCACUGUUCACCCGCUGCCUCUGGAGUCCGACAUCAUGAUUGAUCCUUUGGAAGUUGCAAUUCCAUGCAAAGCAUCGCAUUAUUUUAAGUGUUGUAUAGAGGAGGAUGAAAACUACAAAGUAACUUUCCAAAUGGAUUCCUUAUUCUUUCCUGCUGUAAAAGAAGUCAUUGGAAAGCAAGUGUGCUACAAGUACAAUUUCAGAGCAAGCUCAGUCUCCUGGUGUCACAAAGAUGUUGACGUGUUCUGUCACUUUACCAACGGUGCUAAUAAUUCAGUUCGGAGUCCCUCUAUGAAGCUUCAUCUGGCUUCUGAGGAGAAAAUCGCAUGCCAAGAUCCCAUAAUAGGUGUUGGGGAGCCUGGGAAAGUCAUCCAAAAGCAUUGCCAGUUCUCAAGUGUUUCCAGAGGUCCUGGUGGUCCCAUCGGUGGCAUCAUGACUUACAAAUGUGUAGGUUCCCAGUGGAAGGUGAAGAGGAAUGACUGUGUCACGCCUCCAAUCAACAGUCUUCUCCGACAGGCCAAGGCUUUGAUCAAGAGUCCCUCUCAGGAUGAAAAGCUCCCUACAUAUCUAAAAGAACUUUCAAUUAGCACUGCCAACAAUGAGCAUGAGGUCACCUCAUCUCCAGGGAGCUUGGGAGCCAUUGUUAACAUCCUUGAUUUGCUCUCAACAAUUCCAACUGAAGUGAACUCAGAAAUGAUGACGCAUAUUCUCUCCACGGUCAAUGUCAUCCUUGGCAAGCCCAUUUUAAAUACCUGGAAGGAGUUACAACAGAAACAGGCCCAUCAGAGCUCACAGCUACUGCACUCAGUGGAAAGAUUUUCCCGAGCCUUACAACCAGAAGAAGGCAAUGCUUUGCUCAUCUCUCAACCUAAUGUUCAGAUGAGGGGUAUCCUAGUCAAAUCUGGCCCCAAGCCCUACACCCAGAGAUUUGUUUUCUCAAAAUCUAACCUCUGGGGCAACGUGGCCAUUGAUGAGUGUCAACUGGAAAACUUGGAACCAGAUUCUUCUAUUGUCACAGUGGCUUUCCCAACUCUCAAAGCCAUCCUUGGCCAGGAUAAUCAGAGGGAGAAUUUUGCAAACAGCCUAGUGAUGACAACCACAGUUAGUCACAAUAUAACCAAGCCAUUCAGGAUUUCCAUGACUUUUAAGAACAACCAUCCAUCUGUUGGAAUCCCAAGCUGUGUCUUCUGGAACUUCAAUCUUGCCAACCAAACUGGGGGAUGGGACACCACUGGUUGCUAUGUUAAAAAUAUUGAGGCAGACAGCAUCUCCUGCAGCUGUGACCACCUCACAUCAUUCUCCAUCCUCAUGUCCCCUGAUUCCCCAGACCCCGGUUCCCUCCUGAAAGUAUUACUGGAUAUUAUUUCCUACAUUGGCUUGUGCUUUUCCAUUGUGAGUUUAGCAGCCUGUCUAGUGGUAGAAGCUGUAGUCUGGAAGUCAGUGACCAAGAACCGGACUUCCUAUAUGCGUCACAUCUGCAUAGUGAACAUUGCUGCCUCUCUUUUGGUUGCUGACAUCUGGUUCAUCGUGGCCGCUGCCAUCCAUGACCAUCACUAUCCACUCAAUGAGACAGCCUGUGUGGCUGCCACGUUCUUUAUCCACUUUUUCUACCUCAGUGUCUUUUUCUGGAUGCUGACCCUGGGUCUCAUGCUUUUUUAUCGCCUGGUUUUCAUCUUGCAUGAUGCCAGCAAGUCAAUUCAGAAGGCACUUGCAUUUUCUUUGGGAUAUGGCUGCCCUCUCAUCAUCUCAGUCAUCACCGUGGGAGCCACACAGCCAAAUGAGGUCUACACAAGAAAGAAUGCCUGUUGGCUUAACUGGGAGGAUACCAAAGCCCUGCUGGCCUUUGUCAUCCCAGCUCUGAUCAUCGUGGUGGUGAAUGUGACUGUCACAGUAGUGGUCAUCACCAAGAUUCUGAGACCUUCUGUGGGGGACAAGCCAAGCAAGCAGGAGAAGAGCAGCCUCUUUCAGAUCAGCAAGAGCAUUGGGGUCCUCACGCCCCUCUUAGGGCUCACAUGGGGCUUUGGGCUGGCCACUGUGUUCCAAGGAAGCAAUGCUGUGUUCCAUAUCGUAUUUACCCUCCUGAAUGCCUUCCAGGGAUUAUUCAUUUUACUCUUUGGAUGCCUCUGGGAUCAGAAGGUACAGGAAGCCUUGCUGAAUAAAUUUUCACGAUCAAGAUGGUCUUCACAACACUCAAAGUCAACAUCUGUAGGUUCCUCUACACCUGUAUUUUCUAUGAGUUCCCCAAUAUCAAGAAGAUUUAACAAUUUAUUUGGUAAAACAGGAACCUACAAUGUUUCUAGCCCAGAAACGACUAGCUCAUCCGUAGAAAACACAUCCAGUGCUUAUUCGUUGCUCAACUGAAAACAGGAAAAUCCUACCCACGUGACCUUUUGGGACCAGUGGAUGUUCUCUGAAAAAGAGAUUUUUUCAAAGCGAUGGUUGAAGUAAUUUCUCAGCAAGCUUCUGGGAGCAGAUGCUGAAAAGACCUUUUCCUUGGAGAAGAGAUUUCUUUUGUAAAGACAGACUAAAUGCAAUUUUUACUUUUAUUUUUGCUGUCCUAUCCCAUCCCCUGUGUAAUACCAAAUGUGUAUAGUAUUUAAGUGAAGUUCCAUGUCCCCUUGGGCCCAACUUCUCUGUCUAUAUUGUAAAAUAGAAUUUUGAAGAGACAUUUCACCUUUUUAUACAUUGGGCACAAAGAUAAGCUUUGAUUAAAAUAAGUUAAAGGCUAAAGGCUAGAAAAUACUUCUGUGACUUCUUGAAGGUAAAACAGAAAAGAAAGAAAGGAAAGAUAUAGGAGGAAAAAUAGAGAACUCUAACAUUAAUGGACCACGUUUUUAUAUUUCUGUUGUAAUGAGCUAAUAUAAUUACUCAAUACGCAACACUGAUGAUUUCAAACUGGUUUAAAAUUACAACCUUCCCAUAGGGAAAGUUUAGGAGAGAGAGAAAAGGAGAGAGCGAGAGACAAAGCAAGAGAGAUAGAAGGAGAGAGACAGAGACAGAGACAAAGAGACAGAGAGAAGAAGGCAGAAAAAAAUAAAGAAAUGACACCAGCAGGUGAGUAAUAAUAUUUACAAGAAAUACCUGGAGGAAACCAUGAUUGUGCUGAUAUUAAAAACAGCUGCAUUACUUUUGCACGUUAAGGUCAAGUUCAAUGGGGCCAGUGUGAAGACGGAUGAUAAGCCCCCUUCAGCAGAUCCAAGUGCUGAUAAUAUUUUUUUAGAGUUUAUCAGAAAAAUCUUGUAGUUUGGUUUGUACCACACUUGGAAAAUAAAUAAUGCAUAUUUUUAUAUCUAUUAAUUGCCAGGUUUGAUAUAUUGUACUGAAACCAGACUCCAACUGUCACCUAUUAUUUUUAACAGCUUUAACCAGGUACUUCACUAUGCAUUAUAGAAUCCACUUUGAUGAUCAUAUAGCCUUAUAUGUUAUUCUUGUUAUUGUUAAUGUGGAUUUAGUGCUUCUGGUGUGUUGUAUAGUUUUUUAAAAUAUGUUAGUUCUUUUAGUCCUCAGGUUCCCAAACCAAUACACAUUUGCAAGUAUUAA